AUGCCAGUCGACAAGAUCCGAGUAUCGGGUGAUUCCCGUAUUGAGUACAAGACUGCUACUCUCAACGGUCAUAACUACUCUUAUCUCCUCAGCCAGCCCAAAUCAGGGCAAUACAGAGCCACUGUCUUCCUGAUCCAUGGCUUCCCCGAUCUCUCUAUGGGAUGGCGGUAUCAGAUUCCCAUGCUCGUAGACAUGGGACUGCGCGUGGUAGCUCCCGACUGUCUCGGAUACGGACGAACACAAAUCAACAAGGAUGCCCCAGAUGAAUUCGCCCCGUACUCGCACAAAAGUUGUGCAGCAGACAUCAAAGCCCUGGCAAUGCAUCUGGGCGAAACCCAGAUCAUCCUUGUCUGCGUGCCUUAUGCACGACCCAUGGCGCAGAAUAUCUCCAUCGAAGACCUCGUUCGCACCGUGACACCGCACUUUGGAUAUCAGUUGCAAUUCAAGAGCGGAGAGCUGGAGAAGGUUAUUCGGUCCAAGGAUGAGAUCCGCCAGUUUUUGCUGGCGCUUUACGGGGGUCGUACGGAGGCGGGCCAAUUUGGAUUUGAUGCCAAUAAAGGUGUUUUGGUUGAUACAAUUGGCAAGUUGAAGAUUUCGAGGUUGUUGAGCGAGGAGGAGUUCGACUUUUACACGAAUGAGUUUGCUCGGAGUGGCAUUCAUGGACCACUCAAUUGGUACCGCACUCGCGACGUGAACUACGAAGACGAGCUUGCUAUUCUCGACAGGGUGAUCCAGGUUCCUACACUUUUUAUCCAGGGACUGAGAGAUCAAGCUCUGCCACCUCAUUUGGGUAAAUCUAUGGCCAAGCAGGUCCCGCGACUUACUCUGAAGCAGGUUAAUACCGGGCACUGGGCUUUGUGGGAGAAGCCUGAGGAAGUCAAUGAGAUUAUUGGAACUUGGUUGAAAGACCAGUCCUCCGCCGACGGAAGGACUGGCAAACUCUGA